UGACGUCAAGGCGACACCGCCAAACCUCGCCCAGAGUCAGGCGUGUAAGCCAGCCGGAGCGGCGGCGGCGGCGGUAGCGGCAGGACCGCCGUGGCGCCGGUAGCAGCGACCCGGAGGGAGCGCGAAGCGACGCUGGCUGCGGGGACCCGGUGACAGCGUGAGAGUUUUUUCCAUUGAGCAGUCCAUUCAACUUGCUGCGCUGCGCGGCUUGUGGGAUCUUAGUUCCCCAACCAGGGAUUGAACCCAGGCCCUGGCAGUGAAAGCACCAAGUUCUAACUACUGGACCGCCAGGGAAUUCCCCCCAUUCAACUUUGGAUUGCAGUAGGAGAUUAGGUACUAGAUUUUACAAAUUUGCACCAUGCGUGAGUAUAAGCUAGUCGUUCUUGGCUCUGGAGGAGUUGGAAAAUCUGCUCUGACUGUACAAUUUGUUCAAGGAAUUUUUGUUGAAAAAUAUGAUCCUACGAUAGAAGAUUCUUAUAGAAAGCAAGUUGAAGUAGAUGCACAACAGUGUAUGCUUGAAAUCUUGGAUACUGCAGGAACGGAACAAUUUACAGCAAUGAGGGAUUUGUACAUGAAAAACGGACAAGGCUUUGCAUUAGUUUAUUCCAUCACAGCACAGUCCACAUUUAAUGAUUUACAAGAUCUGAGAGAACAGAUUCUUCGAGUUAAAGACACUGAUGAUGUUCCAAUGAUUCUGGUUGGUAAUAAGUGUGACUUGGAAGAUGAAAGAGUUGUAGGAAAGGAACAAGGUCAAAAUUUAGCAAGACAAUGGAACAACUGUGCAUUCUUAGAAUCCUCUGCAAAAUCAAAAAUAAAUGUUAAUGAGAUCUUUUAUGACCUAGUGCGGCAAAUUAACAGAAAAACUCCAGUGCCUGGGAAGGCCCGCAAAAAGUCGUCAUGUCAGCUGCUUUAAUAUACUAAAUGCAUUGUAGCUCUGAGCCAGGUCUGAAGAACUGUUGCCCAAUUCAACAGUGCCAGCAUUCCAACUUUGUUAAACCUACCAACAUCUUAAAUGGACUUUCUGUGGUGGUACCCUUUAAGAGGCGGAUGAAAGCUACUACAUCAGUUUGCACAUUCUAAUCACUUUCCAGUAUCACAAGAGAGAUUUUUACUUAUAUAAUAGUCCUAGAGUAUGCAGCUGGUAAAACCAGAGGCUACAAUCCAGUAUUACUGCUAAGAGACAUUUUUCAUCCACCAAUGUUGUACAUGUAUGAAAAUGGUGUACUGUAUACUUUAACACGCCCUAUACUUUGUAUUGGAGAGUACAAUAAUGUAAAUCCUAAAAGCACCACUAUUUUAGCAUAAUAAAAGAAAGUCCAAAGAGCUCCUAUAUAGACUACUCCAGAUAACUUCGCUUCUUUGAUACUUGUAGCUUAUUGUAAUUUUUUUUAAGAAAUUCAAGGUCAUUAUCAUUGUAUUGUACAAAUAAGCGCUUUGAUUAACACAGCUAUAUAGUUUUUUUAAUUUUUAAAAACCUGUGGAGACAGUGAUCUUGUCUUUAAAAUAUGAUAGUCCUUUCAGUAUGUCUUAGAUUAAAGACGUUGCCUUUAAUAUCUGUUGGGAAGGAAAUGUCCAGACUUUUCAAAUCUUUUAUUAUAUGUUUCCUUUUUUGUUUACAUAGGGAACAAUGUUUAUAGUUGUGUGUACAGUGGGGGUCUACAACAAGAAGUGUAUAUUUUCAAACAAUUUUUUAAUGAUUUAACAAUUUUUGUAAAUCAUUUUCAGGCUUCUGCAGCUGUAGAUUCUCACUGUGAAUCCCCUGCUUGCUCAUGCAUAAGUGUAUUUGCAAUACCAAAUAUACAGGUUUAGUAUUUUUGCCUGUUAGUGAUUGUUUCACAUGUGUAACGUUUUGGUUGAGAUGUUAAAUGGUGGACGAGUACUGUGGAUGUGAAUGUGGGAAGUAAUUUUAAUCAUGUGUAAUUGGUCACAAGGCCUAAGUUGCAGUAACUAUUGCUGUUUUAUUUAACAAUGCCUUGUUGCUUUGUAUGCAUUAACGUUUGGGUGUAAAGAUUGUGUGUCUAUCCAACAGGGAGCCACAGUAUUUAAAUUGACCAACCUAAUGUUACAACUACUUUUGAGGUGGCCAAAUGUAAACUAAAAGCCUUAAUUAAAGUGGUGCAAUUUUGUAUAACUUAGCAUCAGUAGUUCAAUAAAUUUGGAUUGCCAUGCAAGGGCUUGCAUUAUAAUUACUUGCCACUUGAAUGUGUUUUGUGUAAUGUUUAACAGUGCUAGUAAAUAAAUAUGGGUUUAACUUCUUUUUAAAUGGAAUGGGUGCAUUUUGCAUAGCGUGGUUUCAU